CGGAACAGCUGAAAGGGAGCAAGAACGUAUCUACAAGAGAAAACAAAUCCUGUGUGAAGGAGACUGACAGGCGGGGUCAUGGACCUGUGUCUCAGCUCUGCACAGCAGCCCCGGCGCCUGGGGCAGGCCCCGAGGUCCCCAGGCGGCUGGGUAGAGGCCGAGGAGGAGGCCACUGUCCCGGAGGACGGCACCGGGGGACCCCCAGGAGAUUCGACCAAGACGGAGUCAUCUCUGCACAGCCUCCUGAAAUUUGUUCCUACAGAUUACACCAGCUACACUCAGGAGCACUACUGGUUUGCAGGCAAGAGGAUCGUCAUCCAGGAGUCCAUAGAGAGCUUUGGAGCGGUGGUGUGGCCGGGGGCUACAGUUUUGUGCCAGUAUUUGGAGGAACAUAGAGAAGAACUGAAUCUCCAAGACGCUAAAGUACUUGAAAUGGGUGCUGGAGCAGGCCUUGUUUCCAUUGUGGCCAGUAUUUUAGGAGCUCAAGUCACAGCAACGGAUCUGCCCGAUGUACUAGGAAACCUUCAAUACAAUCUCCUAAAAAACACACUGAAAUGCACAGCCCAUCUGCCUGAGGUGAAAGAGCUGGCGUGGGGGGAAGAUCUGGAGGAAAAUUUCCCUAGGUCAACAUUUUAUUACAGCUACGUCCUGGCCUCCGAUGUGGUCUACCACCACUACUUCUUGGACAAGCUGCUCGCCACCAUGGAGUAUCUUUCCAAGCCUGGCACAGUGGUGCUGUGGGCAAACAAAUUCAGGUUUAGCACCGAUUACGAAUUUUUAGAUAAAUUCAAGCAGGUUUUUGAUACAACUCUCUUGGCCGAAUAUCCAGAGUCAUCAGUCAAGCUUUUCAAGGGGACACUAAAAUGGGACUAAAUAAAGCAACAUGUCUUCAAAAUAUUAGUGCACCUGUAGGGCUGUAAGCAACUGCCUUGGCCACAGGCUUCUUUUGGAAAAUGGAGAAGAUAGCGCAUGGGAACAACUUGUAUCCCUACAACAAAUAACAACACUGUGGUAACUUUCAAAAAUAAGUUGGUCUGGUUAAUUAAAUGUCGACUGAAUAACAAUCAGAAAAGUAGCUUUUCUGACUUCCAAAAUAAAUUUUACAAGUGAAGAAGUUGUCACUUCUGCUGUAGAGCCUGGGUUUCAUUCUUCGUGUAUUUUGCUAUGUACCAAGUGAGGAGACAUAUUAAACCCAACACUGCAACUUUCCCCGUGGGAAAACAUGGUGCUCAAGUGACUGAGCUUGGCAGUGCCUGGGCCAGGACUUUCCAGAAGCAAGGAGGAGUCUGGAGACUUGUGGUAAGAAGAGGGCCAGUUGGGCCCUCCCAGGGCAAAGAGCCAUUAAUUCUAGGGAAGAGGUGAUGCUAUUAGGAAGGAGUGAGAAAUCCACAACAGUGAAACUCCCAUAGCAACAACUGGAUCUGCUUAUCACUGGAAAGGAGUCACUGAAUUAGUACUGAGCACACUCUGUAGUGCUAAUAUUUCUCGAAAAAGUUACCUAUCCUUACCUUUUUAGCGGGUGUGGGGCAAGACUGGCCACUCAAAGCACUGCUCUGCAAGACUGCCCCAUCACAGGAUCCAUAUACAAUCGCGCAUGGCUGUUCCAGUAACUUCACACACACAAACAGGCCCAGGGGCCAGUUUCUGAUCCCUGACCUAGGCAGUAGGUGCUUACUAGGAAUGCAAAACUUGGUUGUAAAAGAGGUUCUGACAUUCACAAUCCAUCAAUCCACAGCAGGAUCUCAGAAAGUCACUACUCUUUUGGCUUCUCAGUUACCUUUGUGGGCGAGCCCAUGUAUGUCUGGGGACCUGCAUGUGUGCAGGCAAAGUGCCUGUAAGAACACGACAAGAGAACAUGUGUGUCUGUUCAUGGACUUUACACACUAGCUGCUCCAGAAAGUGUGUGCAAAAAGUUUUUAUGCAUAUUCGUAUUUUCUCAUAGAGGCUUUAAUGUUUUCUGCAGAUAAAAUAAAUAGUCAUGAAUGACUAGAAAAAGUUAACUGGUAGACUGUUUUGUAUACCAGGCAGCCCUAAGGGAACAAGAUGAAAAGACUACACAGACACAAUUUGCUACCAGGUAAGUGACCAACAGACUUUUUAAUAUUAUCUAUUUCUGUCUGUUUAUUUCAC